UCUGCCUUCAUAGUUCUCUGCCUUUAUCCAAAAGCUGCAGAAAAUGAACAAAUCCCAGGGGUCAGUUUCAUUCACCGAUGUGACUGUGGACUUCACCCAGGAGGAAUGGGAGCAACUGGAGCCCUCUCAGAGGAUCCUCUACAUGGACGUGAUGCUGGAGAAUUACAGCAACUUACUAUCAGUGGAGGUAUGGAAGGCUGAUGACCAGAUGGAGACGGACCACAGAAACCCAGAUGAGCAGGCGAGGCCGUUUGUAAUCUUUAAGGACCAAACCCCAACCGAAGAAAGAGAUAAUAAUCUCUUUGGAAAAACAUUUAACCUUAGCACAGACUUUGUUUCUUUAAGACAAGUACCCUAUAAAUAUGACUUAUAUGAAAAAACUUUGAGAUACAAUUCAGACAUACUUACUAGCAAUAGAAACUAUAUAAGAAAGAAAGCAGAUGACUGUAAUGGAUUUGGAAAAGCACUCUUCUAUCUGAAACAAGAGAAAACCCAUCCUGGAGUGGAGUACUCAGAAUAUAAUAAAACUGGGAAAGCCUUCAGCCAUAAAGAAGCCAUUUUUAAACACCAGAAAAUUAGAAAUUUGGUACAACCUUUUAUCUGUAAUUAUUGUGACAAGGCUUUCUCAUUUAAAUCACUCCUCAUUAGUCAUAAGAGAAUACAUACUGGAGAAAAGCCUUACGAAUGUAAUGUGUGUAAGAAAACCUUCUCCCAUAAAGCAAACCUCAUUAAACAUCAGAGAAUUCAUACCGGGGAGAAACCCUUUGAAUGUCUGGAAUGUGGAAAAGCAUUCACCCACCAGUCAAACCUCAUUGUACACCAGAGAGCACACAUGGAGAAGAAGCCCUAUGAAUGCAGUGAAUGUGGCAAGACAUUUGCCCAGAAAUUUGAACUUACCACACACCAGAGAAUUCAUACUGGAGAACGACCCUAUGAGUGUAAUGAAUGCGCAAAAACCUUCUUCAAGAAGUCAAAUCUCAUUAUACACCAGAAAAUUCACACAGGGGAGAAACGCUAUGAGUGCAGUGAAUGUGGAAAAUCCUUUAUCCAGAACUCACAACUCAUUAUACACAUGAGAACUCACACUGGAGAAAAACCCUAUGAAUGCACUGAGUGUGGCAAAACUUUCAGCCAGAGGUCAACUCUUAGAUUACAUUUGCGAAUCCACACAGGAGAGAAACCGUAUGAGUGUGCUGAGUGUGGGAAAGCCUUCAGCAGGAAGUCCCGACUCAGUGUCCAUCAGCGAGUUCACACGGGGGACAGACCCUGACACUGCAGCCCAUUUGUACCAAGGAGAACCCUUCCCAUGGGGAGGAACCUCACAAAGGUGCUGAAGGAACAUGGGAACUCAUGCAGUCUGUCGACGCAAAUGUGUAAAAACGGGGUCCCCUAAGAACAAUAUUGUACCAACAGUUAGGCAUGA